CCAAUACUGAGGAGGAUGGCGCCAGCACUACAUUUCCCAGCAUGCGCCGGGCCGGAUUAGCCGUCAGCCAAUCAGCAGCGCCAUUCCUUCCCUGCUGUUGCUGCCAUCACAAAGGCACGGGCUUCCUCAGCUUGGGAAAAGGUUGCGGGCAGCGGGUGUAGCACUGAGAUCCUUCUGUCCCGGGCUCUUGCUUUGUCUCUAUUAAUAAUAAUAAUAAUAAUAAUGGGCUCGGACUCACGCACCGCUCUGUGUUCUGCAGCACGGACUCAAUGGUGAGUGGGCAGUGUUGGUACAUCCUGAGGGAAACUUACUGCAGGGCACCAUCUGUCGCUGCGUUUUCUCUCAGCUCUCACAGGAGGCGGCAAUGCUGCAGUAAGUGCUGGCUGCGGGGAAAGUAACCAGAUUUACUGGGAUUAAUCCUGUUAAUAAGAGUUAUUCGCCAGACAUGAUCACCAAACCCCUUUCUGAACGCAGGAAGUGAUGUGUACAUUGGAAAACGCAGCUCCAGUCUGGGCACCCUAAACCAAGGUGCUGGGUGCAAAAUGGUGAACACAUUGUGUAUGGUUCCUGAAAGCAUGCAGACCUCUAAGCAACUAGACAAGAAGGAGCCUGAGUGGAUUAAAAUAAAUGGCAGGGAUUACGCUGAACUAAAGCUGGCCAUAGAUGCAAAGAUCUGAUCGUACGAAUCGAGGAUUCGUAUAAUUUUCAGACCGCGUGUGGAGAGUCCCGACAUUUUUCGUCCGGCGGAGAUCGGUCGUUUAGUCGAUCGGACAGGCGUCUGUACAUUUUAGUGAAGUUGCAAUAUAUUUUUCGGAGGAAGAAUGGCAGUGUUUGAGGAAGGGUGAGAAGGAACUUUACAAGACAGUGACUAUGGACAGUUACUACAUGCUGCUAUCACUAGAUCUUCUGAACGUCAAACCGGAGAUUGUGCAACGGAUAGAGCAAGGCCGAGAUCCUUCGGUUUCCUGCCACCAGGAAAUGCUUUGGCGGAAAAAAUGUAUGGGGACGCAGGCAGGAAAUAAUGCAGGCAACUACCUGGUUGGUUUACCGAAGUCAUAUUGGACAUACCAAGAUAAUCUCUAUUCGCAGUCUGGGAACUACGGCCUUGGAAAUGCAAAUGCACCAGAUGUGUUCUUAUUGCCAGUGACUAAAACCAAGCAUGGUCACAAAGGAGACCGGCGCUAUUCCUGUUUGGAAUGUGGGAAGUCCUUUAUUCAGAGUUCCCACCUCAAGUCCCACCAGAAAACUCAUACGGGAGAGAAGCCGUACACCUGCAAUGAAUGCGGGGCGCGAUUCGCCGAAAAGUCGACUCUUGUAAAGCACCAAAGAACUCACUCAGGAGAGAAGCCAUAUGUUUGCCUUAUAUGUGACAAAGCCUUUUCUCAGAACACCCAUCUGAUCAUGCACCAGAGAACCCACAUAGUGAAAGAGAUGUGUUCCGAGUGUGGCAUCAUUGUAACGAAUAUUAGCCCCUACUCCAAAUUCUACAAUGCCCAGCUGCAAAGCGAAUGCACUGAAUGUAGCCAGCGUCUUGUGGCAAAGCUUGAUGCCCUUAGCAACCGAAUCAUCAGUAAAAGAGAGAAAAUCUACAAAUGUACUCAGUGCGAUAAAAGCUUUACUCGAAGUGCUAAUCUGGUGGUCCACUACCGAACACACACGGGGGAGAAACCAUACAUCUGCUCCUACUGUGGCAAAAACUUUACAGACAGGUCCAACCUUGUCAGUCACCUGAGGACUCACACAGGAGAGAAGCCUUAUUUGUGCAUUGAGUGCGGGAAGAGCUUCCCUUACCGUUCAGCUCUAGUCUUACACAAGAGAACACACACGGGAGAGAAACCGUUUGCAUGCAGUGAAUGCGGGAAGAGCUUUUUCUGCAACUCCCGCUUAGUCCUGCACAUGAAAGCUCAUACAGGUGACAGGCCUUUUGGUUGUAACGUGUGCGGAAAGAGUUUUUCUUGUAGCUCCACGUUAGUCAAACACCAAAUCAUACACACUGGUGAGAGGCCUUAUGUAUGUCUAGAGUGCGGGAAAGCCUUUACCCGUGGGUCACACCUGGUAAUCCACCAAAGGACUCACACGGGAGAAAAACCAUACUCCUGCGAGGAUUGUGGGAAAGGCUUCACUGACAAGUCCAACCUCGCGAGCCAUCAGAGAACCCACAGGGGAGUGAAACAAUAUGAAUGCAAGGAGUGCGGCAGGAAAUUCACCCAGAGCUCAACAUUAUUGAAACACCAGCUGAUCCACACAGGGGAGAAACCCUUUGCUUGCUCUGAAUGUGGGAAACUCUUCAGUCGUAGUUCCAACCUUAUUAUCCACCUCAGAAUGCAUACGGGAGAGCGGCCAUACUCUUGUACUGUGUGUGACAGAAGCUUCUCCCACAGCUCACAUCUUGUCAAACACCAGAAACUUCACCAAUAAUGACACUAGCAUAUCUAUAUCUAGUUCUGCUGCCAUUUUAUGUAUCAGAAACAUGCAAUUAUGAUAUGUAUUUAAAUGCAUCUUAGUACUGUUUUUUUUUUUUUUAAAGUUCCAUGAAAUGAUUGGCUGUACAAGGAACUGCAAAGGCUUACCUAGGGCCUUACAUAUUUAGUAAUACCAAUGGACAAUGGAUUCAUCAUGGAUAUAAAAGAAAUGUAGCAUCUUAGUAUGAUGUGAAAUUAAAGGAAAAAACAAACGUA